AUUGGGUGACAUUGCGACAUUGCGACAUUGCGACACCGGCACGCAUGGGAACAACUUGGGAAGUGAAAAAGUACGAUAAUGAGUUGUGAAUAAUAUCAAAUCUUAUCAAAUCAUCUCAUCUCAUCUCAUCUCAUCUCAUCAAUCAGAUCCCCCACUUUACUUUUCUUUACUUUACUUUUCCCCUCUUUCCUCUGUCUUUUAAAUAUUUAUUGGAAAUACCAAUGAUAUCGAGAAAAUCGUCUCUUCUUUUGGCACAAUCUUUCACUGGACAUUAUAUCAAGAUCUCUACUAUCGCAUCUCCGCGCUUCUUUCACCCCACCAUGAGUAACAAAUCUAAGCUUCAACCUGCUGCUCGCGUUGCUGCAAGAAGGCAAGAUGUUUGGUAUGUGCAACUCACAUUUGGGUCUGGACUCAUGGAAGUCGUGCCGUCAGCUUUAAUUGAAACUCUGCAAGUGCAAGGCACAGGAGAUUCCCAGAAAGUUUACUUCAAUCGAUCUUGAAAAGUUACUCAUACUUUCAUACCAAUGCCAAUAAGCAUACGGCUGGUUGUUUUCUGACUGACAUUAUAUCGCAUCUCUAACAUGAGGCAUUUGCAGGUCCAUUGUCAAUGAGGGUGCUGCCGCCUCUCCCAAGCAACCUAUUGUAAAUAUGGGCCAAGGGUUCUUCGGAUACAAUCCUCCCAAGUUUAUUCUCGAUGCCGCCAAGGCAGCUCUUGAUAAGGUUGAAUGCAACCAAUAUUCGCCAACGAAGGGUCGUCCACGUCUUAGGCAAGCAAUUGCAGAUUCAUAUUCUCCUCUAUGGGGGAGAAAGCUGGACCCAGAGACGGAAAUUACUAUUACAACCGGUGCAAAUGAAGGUUAGGAAAGACACGAAGCAUUGGGGAUAUACGCUUACCAGCCGCAGGCAUGCUUAGUGCCUUCAUGGGUUUCAUCGAGGAGGGAGACGAGGUCAUAAUAUUUGAGCCAUUCUUUGACCAGUAAGCUGGUAUGCUGGGGUGGACUUGACAGAUGCGAUACUGAGCCUAUCACAGAUAUAUCAGCAACAUUGAAAUGCCAGGUGGAAAGAUUCGUUAUGUACCCCUUCACCCCCCUGAACGGGGUGCAACUCACAACACUUCUGCUGGCGAAUGGACGAUAGACUUUGCGGAGCUCGAGGCUGCCAUUACACCCAAGACAAAGAUGAUCGUGCUAAAUACGCCUCACAAUCCAGUUGGAAAGGUUUUCUCAAAAGAGGAAUUGCUUAGGAUUGGGGAGCUUUGCGUCAAGAACGAAAUUAUCAUUCUGUCCGAUGAGGUGUAUGACCGACUCUACUACACACCAUUUACAAGAAUCGCAACAUUAUCUCCAGAAAUUGAAAGACUCACACUUACGGUUGGCUCUGCGGGAAAGAACUUUUACGCUACUGGAUGGCGUGUCGGGUGGUUGAUCGGUCCACCACAUUUGAUUCAGUAUGUUGCAGCAGCACAUACAAGAAUUUGCUAUUCUUCCGUGUCUCCACUACAAGAAGCUGCUGCUGUCGGGUUCGAAGAAGCUGAUGCCAACAAUUUUUGGGAAUCAGCCGUGAUUGAGAUGAAAGGUAAAAUGGAUCUUUUCAACGAAAUUUGGAAAGAGCUGGAUCUUCCCUUUUCCGAUCCCGAAGGAGGUUAUUUCGUUUUGGUGAACAUGAAGAAGGUCAAGAUACCUUCGGACUAUCCAUUUCCAGACCACGUUAAAGAUCGUCCAAGAGACUUCAAGUUGAGUUGGUUUUUAAUACAGGAGGUUGGCGUAGCUGCUAUUCCUCCGACCGAAUUUUACACAGAUGAAAAUGCUCAUAUUGGCGAGGACUGGUUGCGAUUCGCGGUAUGCAAAGAGGAUAAGGUUCUUGAAUCAGCAAAAGAGAGGUUGAGAGACCUGAAGAAGUAUAUCGAGGAAUAGAAAAUCGAGAUGAUCGAGUCGGACUCAACAUGUAAGAAGCAAGACACGAAGAGGUAAUUCUAGCUAAUAAACAAUUACCGAUUGAAGAAUCUUGUUUGUAGUAUUUGGGGGCAAAGCGCGAUUAACUUCCAAAGUUUUAUUCUCACUGUGUGAUAUAGUACCAAUGGGAGUCUUGUUGCGCAUCUAAACAUUACCUAAGUAAACAAGUGUCAAGAUUAACAGAUGAACUGUGGUAUGGAUAAUGAUAUUAACAAGGCACAGAUUGAUGCUUUCAGUAACUCAGACGAUUGUUACCCCACGGCAUGUUCGCUUCAACACCGAGGAUGUAUGUAGUGACAUCAUGAUAAUAUGACAAUCGACCUUACGUAUUUGGAAGUUGUAUAUACAACAUUGACGUAAGGGCCAACAGUGGGUGCAGAAAUUCUGUAAGCAUAAUUCAGUGAAA